UUUACAAUAAUGAAGUUUUCUCAGCCAGACCUGAUUAGGUCUGACCCAGCUUAUUAAGAUCAUUCAAGGUUGGGUAGAUACUACCUGGGUUCUUCUAAAUUAAAAAUGGAAUAAAAGAUUUGCUUAAUAAACAAAAUCUACUUUCUUUCUUAACCCCCCACCUUUUCCUUCCAUACAGGAUAUAUUUAAAGUGCAGUCUCAAGGUUUCUUAAAAUGGGUGUUACUUCUCAUUAGCAUCCUAUUAACAAUUGACACCUUAUUCACAAUUAAAGUUGUGGGCAAAGCAGGUGAUCUUGCUUUAUAUAGCCAUGACAAUUUCUUAAACAUUAAACGGCUGUUAAAAGUACAGGAGCAACAGGUGUGCCUCCUGCUCACAAGCAGUGGAGACUAAGGGUUGACACCUUUUUGCUCAAGCAUAUGAAGGAAUAGGAAGCUUAAAUUGAUGCAAUCCAGGAUUGCAAACAGAGAACCAAGGGUGAUAGUUAAAUAACACAUGGUAGAUCUGAGCUAAUAUUGCUUUCAUAAGCAUUUAUAAGUUUGUUUCCAUCACAAAAAAAAGUCCUCACUGAUCAUAGUUUAGCUUGCAGGGUUCAGAGGGAGGUAAAGAAUAGAAAAAUAAAAGUAAAGCCAGUUUAAAUACCAAUAUUCUUUCAGAAAUCAAUGCACAUUUUUCCCCUGGAUGAUGUUUGAACCUGGGAGGGAGAUUGGAACCCAAAUCUCUGUAAUCAUAGGUUGAGUGAACAAACCAGCUAAUCUAGAAUGUGGUUUGUUUAGGUUUGGCUUAAUGUGUUACACCCAACCAUUCUGGCUUAUAAACCAUGGUUUAUGUCAGCAUAUUGUAUGAACCUAGCAAAUUGUGGUGUACUUAAUUAUCUAGCAUUAAACAAUGGUUUAGCAUGAUGUGUGAUUCAGUCCACCAUCUUGCGUGAGUGUUCUAAUACUGCAAAGUAUGUGGCGUUAAAUGAUUGCCAAAGAUUUUGGAGCAAGCUAGUAGCCAAACACUACAAAGACUUGUAUAGAACGACAGAGAACUAGACAUUCUGGGGUCUUUGGGAACAACAAGGAAAACAGAGUCACUCACCUUGGCCUUGGAAUUUUCAAAUAAGUUUCAUUGGAAAUGCAACAAAACUUGGCUCUAAAGCCAAUUUGCAUUUUGACAGAUUUCUUUCCUCUCAUAAGACUAUGUUUAUUCCAUACUAACUAGGAUUUCCAAAAUUAAAAUACCGAAGCUGAAAGCUUUGAAAACUGUUCUGUAUGUUGGACCUAUUUCAGGGGUUGAGGUUUGAAGAAAAAGUUGAUAUAAGACAUCAGCUGGCAUGUAAUGAUAAAACAAUGGCAUGUUUCAAUUUGUAUAAAAAUAAAUGAGAAAAUGACACUAUUUCCCUAAUAUUUUACCAGUGUUCUAAUGGAUGAAACAGCUCUCUCCCAGUAACACUAUUUUGGCCCUGUUCCAUACCUACCAAUUUCUGCUUGCCUCCACUAUUGUUCUUCAGUUACCAGCAAGGAAUAUCACUGACACCGAAUGUACUUCCCGGAAAAAGAACUUUGCAGCGCAUACAGGACACAUUUGUCAGAGAAGCUGUGAACGCCGCGAAUGUUCAAAAAGCAGAAAGUGUGCAUGCGAUGGUAAAUGUGGACUGAGUUGCAUUUCUCCAGCCUUAAGGUGUCCAUGGCCUGAGACAAUUGAUAAUGCUGAGACACACUUGGCCCAGGAAUCCCAUAAGUUUGGGGACUACAUGACAGUGACCUGCAAGUCUGGAUUUAGAAGGUUGGAUGGGCAAGGAAUGGUAAUCAGCCGCUGUCAAGGAGAUGGAAAGUGGAGUUUCACUGCACACUGUGAAGAUGUUCUUAAUUUUUCAUCCUUUUGCAAACCUCCACCUGAGAUUGAAAAUGGAUACCAUGAAGAUGGUCCUUACACCAUAGGAAAGGAAGUGCUGUAUAAGUGUAACCCUGGAUACUGGUUACAGGGGGCUAAUUCUCUCUUAUGCCAAGAAAAUGAGGAAUGGUCAGACAAUGCUCCAACUUGCCAUCCUGUUACCUGUUCCCGGCCACCCAACAUUGCUGAGGCAACACUGGUGGCUGUGCAUCAGACUGAAUACCCUGUAGGAACUGUAAUUUAUUACUUGUGUAAAAAGGACUUCUACCUAGAUGGCUCUAACAGAGUCAUCUGCCUGAAAAAUGGAAGCUGGUCCCAACUGCCAUACUGUAGAGCCCGCUGUCCCAUCUUUGCCCAGAGGAGUCGGAUGAUCUACCAUGGACGGAAGGUUUGGGCCUAUGAGAUCCCAAAUGGUCUUGUUCACCACGGUGAAACCAUCACAUUUUUCUGCCGAAGUCAGAAUAAGACCUGUAGUUUUGAGGCUGAAAGUCAUUGUUUUGAUGGUGUAUUGAAGAUGCCUGACUGCUAUGAUGAACCUACAUAUUUGCAAUACCAUCUAUUCCCCAAAAGAGUUGUAUCUGAAAUACAAGCUUGUUGAACAUCUGACCAGUCACUUCUUCAGCAGUGAGAUCUGCCUCCUUCUCUUUGUUCAAGCUUGACAGACAUCCUGGAAGUCCAGGGGGAAAAAAUGGAAAUAAGAAGAUCAAUACCAAGAAAAGAAGUCAACUAGUAAAAAGAGACAGCAGGCCUGAGUAUUGAAAUGCUGUAGCUGGCAUUCUUGUCAAUCAAUAGUUAGGUGUUUAUUUUAUUUAUUUUUAUCUGUUGCUUACUAGGUGAGCACAAAGAUUCUUUCAGGCCACUCCAAACCACAACUCAAUUUCUCCUGUACUUUUUUUUUUUAAAUCUUCCUUCCACAAGCCAAAUCGUUAAACUUACAAGUAAGCCCCAACACUAUCCACCAAAUAGAGGAUUUUAAGCAUGAAGGUUCAUUUAAAGCCCACAACAAGCAAAGGCACAUAAUGGGCAUUCAUCGUUAUGAUCCUAAUC